UAUACGGGCUUUUGGUUUAUUGAGUUUUGUGUUUGGUGGGUGUCAUGGUGCCGCGUGGAGAGCACAUAUGUCUUACACUGGCGCAUGGAUUCGGCAAUUCCAGAGAUUUGAGAUUGAGAAAUGAUAAUAGUUUUGGUCUUUUCAAGAAAAACUAGCAGCAGAUAGAACGAACAGUUUGGUGUUAAGAGAAAGCAAAAAACCCAGUUUUGUUUUCUUUCGAGCAGGAGCCCUGUGAGAGAGAAGAACCACCCCGAUUUCAGUGCAAGAAAUUACACAAGGGCUAUCUCACUCUCAUUUCUUUAACCAGCCAGAUUCUUGUGUUCUGCUGCCUCGUAACUUAGUCCAGAGAAAGGUGAUUACUGUUGCGAAUCCAAGUCCAGCACAUGAUGAUGAAGUUUCCAUGUCUAGUCCUAAGGACCUACUUGUAAAGGAAGUUGAACAGGUGCUAAACCCAGAAGUGGAAGCUGUUACUCUGUGCAGUGCUGCCCAGCAAAGUGAAGUUAGUGACAACCAUGAGUAUCAAGUUGAAUCGACAGAUUUCCCUUCAGCUAGCGAAAGUGGUGAUGAUUACUCAGAGAGUGAAAAUUUUGAGCUCAAUUGGGUGUCUUUCAAUAAUGUGCGGAAAAAUGUAUCGAUCUCUGAAAGUUCAUUCUCUUCUGAUAAUAAUGAGGAUGAAGAUGAUAAUCUCAUUGAAAUCAGUUUUCCAGAUAAUAAUUCUGUUGAGUUGAAUGAAGAUUCAGAUGAAAAACUGCAGACAGAGUACUUACCUGAGUCCAUUUUCGGGCAAGAAGGUCUAAUGGAGCUAUUAGCGGAUAUUAAUGAGGUGAAUGAGGAAGAUAACUUGAUUGAGAUUGACCUUUCCAUGGGCUCCAUAAAGGGCUGAAGCAUAGGCCAGCCAAUCUACAAAAGGUCAAAUUGUUAUAAAUUUUCUUUUGCUGUAACUGAGGUUGAUGCUAGGGUCUAGAGUUUAGGUCUAGGAUAACUUGUUCUAUUAUGUUUUGUGAUGCUUGUGUUUCUGUAAAGCUUCUGCAAUACUAUUAACUGGGCUUAUAUCACAACAUUUGAUAUUGUUUGGA